UCUAGGUCUCUGUGUCCGGAAGUGUAGCGUUGCUCUUGUGAGGUGGACUGGACGUCGUAAAACAGCAGUUGGAUUACUGUGGAUAUUUCCAAAUAUAUAUUGUGGUAGCCAUGACUACAUUGGAUGACAGGCUCCUGGGCGAGAAGCUGCAGUACUACUGCAGCAGCAGUGAGGAUGAGGAUAGCGACCACGAGGAAGAUGAAAUGGGCUCUAAAACCAUCCGUGACCAGGCAGUGGUGGAGCCAGAGGUGGACUACAGUCCGGAUGGCUCUGCUGUCAACACAGGACCAAAGGGUGUGAUAAAUGACUGGCGGAAGUACAAACAGUUGGAGACAGAGCAAAAAAAGGAGCAGAAGAAAGAGAUGGAGAAACUGAUCAAGAAGCUGAGCAUUACCUGCCGGUCACAUCUGGAUGAAGAGAAGGACAAAGAGAAACAAAAGAAGCUGCAGGACAAAAUCCGUGGCAAGCUUGGAGUGAAGGAGAUGGAUGAGGACGAGGAUGAGGACGCAGACGAUGAGGAGUUCCUGGAGCAGUACCGACAGCAGCGCAUGGCCGAGAUGCGGCUGGCCCUGGACGGUGGCCGGCGCUUCAACCAGGUGGUGGACAUUGGCAGCGGUGAGGAGUUCUUGCAGGCGGUGGACGAGGAGGGUCGCGGCACGCUGGUCAUCAUCCACAUCUACGAGCCUGAGGUGCUGGCCUGCCAGGCCAUGGAAGGCUGCUUGCUGUGCCUGGCCCAGCAGUACCCGCUGGUCAAGUUCUGUCGCGUGCUGGGCUCCGACAUCGGCACCAGCGAGCAGUUCCGCACCUCGGCACUGCCCGCCCUGCUGAUGUACCGCAACGGCGAGCUGGUGGGCAACCUGGUGCGUGUCAGCGACCAGCUCGGCGAAGACUUCUACGCCACAGACGUAGAGGCCAUGCUGCAGGAGUACGGCCUGUUGCCCGACAAGUACGCCCAUUCAACACUCAACGCCGGCUGCCAAUGGAAGCAUCCGGAACAGCAACCUCCCGCAGCUCAGCGACUCCGACAGUGACUUGGACUUAGACUAGAUACCCUCCAUACCUGACCAUACCUGGACACUCUCUCAGACGUCACAUGUACACAUGAAAACGUACUCACACAUAUGCACACCAACCACAAGCAGACAUGGUUGUCAGGUCAGUCUUUGUUGGCUAAGCUGUUAUCUCUGCAGCUGCAGAGACCAGGGGGACCAUUACUAACAUGAUAUUUAAUGCAGCUUUUCGUUUUAGCUUUCUUAUCCAAGCAUACAUAUUAAUAAACACACCAUUAAAUGCUGGAGGUGGUAAAAGUCAGCUACCAAUAUGUUUCUGUGUGCGACAGUUGCCUGGUAUUGCCCUUUGGAUGUGUAGUAUGAAAAAUGCAACUUUUGUUUUGUUUUUGUAAGUCCUAUAGUCAUUCCUAUAAUUAAGAAUAAUGGUUUGAAUGAGCUCUUAACUGUUUACUGUAAUAGUAACUGGGACCUCAUAGUGAUGAUGUUAUACCUAGAGCUGCUAAACCUGCAGACAAAGGGCAUUGCAGAGACCAGUAGUAAGGUUAGGUAUAAGCUGUCAGUUCAUUUCAUUCUUUAACAGAGCUUGACAUGAAUCUAUUUGUUUGGGAUUUUCUCCACUAGCAAUACACAUGCUCAGUGCUCAAGGAACAUUUUCUUUCUACUUCAUGUGUUUACCUAUAUGCUAACAUUGGUAUGGAAGUGCAUAGCCUAGUUGCUAUUGGUCAUUUACAUGUGUUAGGAGCAAAUCUUUUGUGUGUGUGUGUGUUCGUUCGGGAUGGGCGUUAUAGACUUACAAUAACAUAUUUUAUGGUAUUUUUUUGCGACCAUAAUAUAAAUGAUGUUAUAUUACUAUUCACCUUAAUAUUUUCCACAGCCACAAGUCACAUCAGCUUACAGGUUUGAAAUCUGCAUAAACACAACAAAUAAAACUUGAUCCUGACCAUCAUCAGCAAUGAACUCCACUUCCUCAUGUACAGUUUGAACUCAGCAUUCAGUCAUGCUUGUUCUCCUUCUACACGAGAGCUGCCCACCUUGCAACACAUAUAAACAUGCCAUCACCUAUAUUGGGAUAUGACAAAUUCUGAUCAUGGGGAGUAAUGCAACCAGGAUAUCAACAGUAAUACAAUUUGGUCCAUCCCGUGUGCGUGUGUUUGUGUGUACUAUUCUUAGAAUCAGAGAAUUUAUAUGAGAACAUAUCAAAUAUCACUGUUUAUUGAGCAUACUGGAUGGUUCCAUUCUUCAUUUGACAGACAUAAGCACAAGCACUCAUGUGGCAGAGAGUAACAGCAUGGCACAUCUUAGCACGAGUUCACAACCCUGUGAGAUCUUCUCCACCAUGUUGACAGUGUAUGUGUGUGACGGUUUCUCAGUCAGAAAUAUGAAUUCAUUACCUGAUAAUGCAAAUAUGUUCCUUAUGUAAAUUAGGUAAAGUAUUUAUUCCUGAAAGCAUGUGCUUAGUUCCUGAAAUAUCUUGUAUUGACUUUAGGUCCCCUGCUAUAAUGUGUGGUUGAUAUCUCAGUUUUGUAUUUUUAACCUUGAUGUGUUUGUGCAAAUAAAAAUGAAAAAAUA